GAGAUGCAAUAUGUCAGCGCACAGUUAACGAUGGAGGAGGUCUACCUUGGCAAAUGUAAAGUGUUACACUUCUACCUGUUAAUGACCAACUAACGUAAAGAAGAUCAUGUUAUAUGAACUCCGACAAGAUGGUUAGAUAAUUAAAGUUGGGAAUGGAGAAAAGAGCACAUGGCCAGGGCUUCCUUCUGGCUCUUCUAGCAGGUACUAUGGCUGCACUGGGCUCAGUGUUCGCUAAACUUGCAUUUAACGGUGACAUCAUCAGCAAUGGAUGUAACUCCAUGAUGGACACAACUCUGUGUAGUAAGCUGAAGUGGUACUUACAAGGCUUGUGUUUUGGGAUGAUCUUUGUCAGUAAUGCCCUGAUGUGGACGUGUUUUACCAAGUCUCUACAGCUGUGUACCUCCUCCCUGGAGGCCACCGUCAUCAACACUGCCACCAACUUUGUAGUCAGUGCACUCAUUGGUUGGAUGUUUUUCCAAGAAUACUUGUCACUGAAGUGGUGGCUAGGCUCCAUUCUCAUACUGUUAGGCCUCGUGCUGAUUCACAGAGGCAGUGGACACCAGACUGUCACCCAGAAACAUCACAAAGAUUCAUGACCUCGCACAGAGGGAGUGGACACCAGACUGUCACCCAGAAACAUCACAAAGAUUCAUGAUCUCUCACAGAGGCAGUGGACACCAGACUGUCACCCAGAAACAUCACAAAGAUUCAUGACCUCUCACAGAGGGAGUGGACACCAGACUGUCACCCAGAAACAUCACAAAGAUUCAUGACCUCUCACAGAGGCAGUGGACACCAGACUCACCCAGAAACAUCAUUAAGAUUCAUACGUGGUGACCAGAUUCUUGCUGGGUGUUAAUGUGGACCAAGCGUCAGUUGUUGAUAUGGGAAAUGAAGACCAAAAAACUUGAUAACAUAAGUUUAAUUAUGUUUAUUUACAAUAAAAAACAAUAUGCCUAAUAUAUUUAUAAUACAGCCAUACACUCUCCUUAA